GGGGACGGGGAGGACGCCGGGGACGAGUUCGUGGCCGUGCCCGGCUGCGGCCUCUCCCUGUACCGGGGGCUGUACGAGCGGCUGUACCCGCACCAGCGGCAGGGGGUGGCCUUCCUGCACCGGCUGCACGGCGGCGGCGGCCCCGGCGGGAUUCUGGCCGACGACAUGGGCCUGGGGAAGACGGUGCAGCUGAUCGCCUUCCUCUCCGGCAUGUUCGACUCGGAGCUGGUCCGCUCCUGCCUCCUGCUGCUGCCCAGCGGCCUCCUCCACACCUGGGCCGCCGAGUUCACCAAGUGGACCCCGGGCAUGAGAGUCAGAGAGUUCCACGGCGCCAGGAACGAGCGGACCAAAAACCUGGAGCGGGUUCAGCGGAGAGGUGGCGUGGUGCUGACCAGCUACCACAUGCUGAUUAACAACUGGCAGCAGCUCUCCAGCCUGGACGGCCGGGAGUUCACCUGGGACUACCUGGUGCUCGACGAGGCUCACAAGGUCAAGAGCAAAUCCACCAAGACCACCAAGUGUGCCAGCGCUAUCCCCGCCAAGCACCGUGUCUUGCUGACAGGAACGCCGGUCCAGAACAACCUGCAGGAGUUGUGGGCCAUGUUCGACUUUGCCUGCCAGGGAUCCUUGCUGGGCACCGCCAAGACCUUUAAGAUGGAGUAUGAGAACCCCAUUACGCGGGCCAGGGAGAAAGACGCCACGCCUGCAGAGAAAGCCCUGGGACUGCGCAUCUCUGAGAACCUCAUGAAGAUCAUCCAACCCUACUUCCUGCGGCGCACUAAGGGGAACGUGCAUUCAACGCCCGAGCUCCCGCAGAUGAACGGCGGUGAGCUGGAGAGGCCGAGCUCGCCCGCCGGGGGCGCCCACAUGCCCAGCUUGACCAGGAAGAACGAUCUGAUUGUCUGGGUUUACCUGAGCCGGGUCCAGGAGGAAAUCUACAACAACUUUGUGUCGUCGGAGGAGGUUCAGGAGGCGCUGCUGACCAAGCGCUCGCCCCUGGUGCAGCUCACCAACCUGAAGAAACUGUGCGACCACCCCAGACUCCUGUCCCGCAGGAUCUGCCAGGUGCUCGGCCUGGAAGGCUGUGAAGAAGAGGGCGGGGCCACAGAGGGCAGCGCCUCGAGUGACAUCGGCCGCGUGUCCGAUGAGGAUCUGAUUCAGGAGUCGGGCAAGCUGGUCUUCCUGUUGUCCUUGUUGGGGAAGCUGAGGGAGGAGGGCAAACGCACGCUGGUCUUCUCGCAAUCGAGGAAGAUGCUGGACAUCAUCCAGCGCAUCCUGACCAACAGGGGCUUCAAGUGCAUGCGCCUAGAUGGCACCAUGACACUGCCUGAACGGCAGAAGCAGAUUGAGGCCUUCCAGCGGUGGGCCAACUACUGUGUCUUCCUCCUCACCACCCAGGUCGGUGGUGUUGGCCUCACCCUCACAGCAGCAAACCGUGUGGUGGUCUUUGACCCGAGCUGGAAUCCUGCCACGGACGCGCAGGCUGUGGACAGAGCCUACAGGAUCGGACAGACCGACAAUGUCGUCAUCUACAGGCUGGUGACCUGUGGCAGUGUGGAGGAGAAGAUUUACAGGCGGCAGAUCUUCAAAGACUCUCUGGUUCGCCAGUCAGUUGGAGAGCAGAAGAAUCCCUUUCGCUAUUUCAGCAGACAGGAGCUGAGGGAACUGUUCAUACUGGAGGACCCCCGGACCUCGAGCACACAGAGGCAGCUGCAGUCCAUGCACUCCAGCCAGAGACGGACAGACAGCACGCUGGACCAGCAUAUUGCCUUCCUGCACACCCUCGAGAUGUUCGGAGUGACAGACCAUGACCUUGUUUUCUCCCAGGAUGUUGUCCCCGAUGAGGAAAACUCAGUUAAUGAUCCCGAAUCAAGGCAUUACAUCCAGCAACGUGUGCAGAAAGCCCAGGAGCUGGUGGCAGCUGAGUCACAACUCCAACAGCAGCUAGCACAGAAUAUCCAGACUGAUACUGAACCAGGCUGGCUGAACAGACCUCGAGAGCCUCCGACAAUUACAGGCAGAGGAGAAGGAAUCACAAGACCACAGCCAGAUUCUACCAGCAGCAUGUUCCCAGUAUUGACUGAAAACCGCACUCCUCCCUACCCACCAGUCACGGUGGAUUUAACAAAGCCAGUCGACCAAGAGAUGGCUGAUGAGGUGCUUAACCUGAGCUGCAGGUUAGCUGAGCUGCCGAUAGAGUCAGAGGAGCAAAAUGACAGCGUGGUUAUGUUGGACAGCUCCGUGUCACCUGGUGACACCCAUACUACCAGGGAUGAUGAUGGUGGUGGAGGUGACUCUCUUAUUGCAGACCUCGAACCUGCUGUGUGCCAGUUAUCUGACUCGAGUGGCAAACUCUCCCUGGCUCUUCAAAACAGCCCACAGCAGCAGCAGCAGUUUUCCACCGAGGGCCAAGGUGAUGAGUCCAAGGCAGAGCUGUCUACCUCUGAGAUUAAUUCUCCUGGCUCCAAAGCCCUGUUUGAAUCUGAUUUCAAUCUGGUGUUGGAAGAGACUAUGGAAGAGGGGGAGAAUCUGGAUUCUGACAAGCUGGCUGAAGCCAAACUCCUGAUGGAAGACUCUUCCAGUUCUUUAAUAGAGACACAGCCAGGCAACAUGGAAGCAGCUUGGCCUGUUGAGCAGCCUAGUAAGCCCCCUCUGUCCCCAGGCACCGAGUCUCCCAGCAGCGUGGAAGAGGAUUCCUCCGAAGUUUUCCAGCCCUGGAAGAAGUGCCACGGUAGAGUGAUUGCCAGUGACAGCGAGGAGGAAACUGAGGGUGACCUCGACCCUCCCAGUGCCCCAGAGAAUUCCCUACGUCAGUUUGUGACCAGUCCGAUUCUGAAAGCUUUCAAUGUAGCUGCUGCUUCCACCCCUAAAGGGUUAAACUCGCCCCUUCCAGCUUUCCUGAACAGAAGUGGAAAUCACUCAGUGGCUUCCAGGCGUUCGUUAAUCUGCCAGGUUCUUGACGAUGUGGAGGACAUGGAUGAGGCUCCCCCUGGCAGUGUGGGUGCCCUGCGUGUUGAUGAUGAUGGUGAUACAGAUGAUAAUGUAAGCAGCCAGAGCGAUGGAGAGGAAAACACAGGUGAGCAGACCGCUGAGCCCAGCCAAAGUCAAGCGGACGGUAGAUCUGUGGAAGAAGCAAUGCCUGAAAGGCAGAGCGUGGAGCUGGGAGCGGCCAGCAGUGAUGAGGGAGUCUCUGAGUCGAGCAGCUCAAUGGUGACAGGGAGCAAUGAAGAGGCUGGGAGCAGCGAAGAUCAAUCUGGAACGUUCGACCCAGAACUUGGCUCUGAUGAACAGCUGGAGACCUUCACAAAGGCGCCAGCACAACUGACUGUGAUCGAUACACGUGCAGCAGGUGAAGAGGCAGAGCCUACACUGGGUGAAUAUGAGAGGCUGGUGAAACGUGGCAAAGUGCAGAUGGAGCAAGGAGAAUUGAAGGCAGCAUUGAACAGUAUGCUCCAAGCUCUGGAUCUGAGGAGUGGGGAUCCUGAAGUGCAGUUAAUAACCAUUAAACUGUAUCGCCAGCUAGAUCAGGGCUGAGUGUGCCGAGACUGAGGGACAGUGUGUGUUUGUCCGGCUUCUCCACUUUACCUGCUCAUUUCAAUUGCUGACUGCAUUGCAGAGCCAGAAUUGUAAAAGAGCAAAUUCCUUCAUCUGAUUUUGAGUUGUGAUAUUGCUGUAUAGCUAGUUUAUCAUAAGAGUCUAUCCACUAUCAGGGCUUUCAGACCUCGUCAACUGAGUGAAACUUGAAAUCUUCAAAUCUGGAGAACCUGUUAACAUUUAAACCUAAAUCUGAGUCUUGAAAAUAUAUCUGCAAAGAAUCUUCUUUUGCUGGCUCUUUCUCUUUAUCCUUUUCUCCCACCCCCUCCUCCAUUCUUGGCCAUAUCCCUGUAAUGUGGGGCAUUUGCCUACCAUCUCCAGUUUCCCCACUGUACUGCUGUGUCUCUCUCUCUCCUGUCCCCAGCCCCUCCCCAUGCUUUAUAAACCCAAUGAGUCAGCUGCCAGUGCCCCCACGGCUCUGUGAUGCCUGUACUGUAUUGAUACCUGUAGAUUGUUUUCUAAUGAGAGGUCAGAGUAAGGAUUGUGCUCGUCUGAUCGAGGAGGGACACGACUUUCCCUCCUGAGUAGAAGCGAUCUGUUGCCAGGAAAUUCCCUGGUCUUGGUUGUGUCUGAAUAUCUGAAAACAUGAGCUGGUUCAUCUUGGAGGUGAGUUGAACACCAGCCUCUGGUAUUCGAUCUCUGAGCGGUUCACCCUUUUUAAUAUCCCUUCAGCGUGCAGUAAAACAGACCCCACUCCACGUCACCCUGUGGGAACUGUUAGAUUAAAACUCAGCCCAACUGUUCAGCUGUCAGUAAUAUCCUUUGGUGGAAUUUCCAUCCCCCUUCCUUCAAACAACAGUGCUGAUCUUGAUGAAAGAAUUGAUUUGUUCAAUCUUGAGGAUUGAGAAUUGAAUAGUUUUGAUCAGUGCUUCGAGAUGUGUUUUGUACCCAUAUUUUCUGUACCUCGACCUUAAUGAUGAAUAAAAUGAAUACUCAAA